AUGUCACUCAUUCCUUUUUCCGCUAUCCUCUCUCCUCCUACAUUUUUGUUCUCAAAAAUGUUUGCUUCUUCUCUUACGAUUUGCAUAUCUAUCUCACCUACUUUCAAUUUUUUCUCUUCCACCUGCUUUUUUUCUACCCCUCACACAUUCUUUUACUUCCUCUUUUCCAGUUACCAUAUCUUUCCUUCCUCAUUUCAUUCUUACUCCUAUUUUUUCUUCUUUUCAAAUAUUCUUUUGCCUCAUCUCUUUCGAUUACCAUGUCUUUCCUUCCUUCUUCCACUUUUCAAGCUUCCUCCUUAUUUUUCUUUCUCUCACACAUUCUUUUGUUCCCUCUCUUCUGAUUACCAUGUUUUCCCCUCUACCUUUCACUCUUCCCUCUUCCUCCUAUUUUUCUCCCUUUCAGACAUUUUUAUGCUCCCGAUUAACAUGUUUCCUUUCUCCUUUCACUCUUCUCUCUUCCUCCUAUUUUCUCUUUCUCUCACACAUUCUUUUAUUCCCUCUCUUCUGAUUACCAUUUUUCCCCUCUACCUUUUACACUUAUCUCUCCCUCCUAUUUUUUCUUCCUUAAUUUUAUUGAUCGUACGGGGAGGGUAUGGCAUUCGGAAGCAAAAGAAAGUGUUAUUCUUUUGCUUCCGAAUGCCAUACCUUCCCCAAGAUCAACAUACCCACAUUUGCGACAUCAUAGACAAUCAACAUAUCCACACUUGUGAUAUCAUAGAAGAUCAACAUACCCACAUUUGCGACAUCAUAGACAAUCAACAUAUCCACACUUGUGAUAUCAUAGAAGAUCAACAUAUCCACACUUGUGACAUCAUAGAAGAUCAACAUAUCCACACUUGUGAUAUCAUAGAAGAUCAACAUACCCACAUUUGCGACAUCAUAGACAAUCAACAUAUCCACACUUGUGAUAUCAUAGAAGAUCAACAUAUCCACACUUGUGACAUCAUAGAAGAUCAACAUAUCCACACUUGUGACAUCAUAGAAAAUCAACAUAUCCAUAUUUGCGACAUCAUAGAAGAUCAACAUAUCCACACUUGUGACAUCACAGAAGAUAAAUAUAUCCCCAUUUGCGACAUCAUAGACAAUCAACAUAUCCACACUUGUGACAUCAUAGAAGAUCAACAUAUCCCCAUUUGCGACAUCAUAGACAAUCAACAUAUCCACACUUGUGAUAUCAUAGAAGAUCAACAUAUCCCCAUUUGCGACAUCAUAGACAAUCAACAUAUCCACACUUGUGAUAUCAUAGAAGAUCAACAUAUCCACACUUGUGAUAUCAUAGAAGAUCAACAUAUCCACACUUGUGAUAUCAUAGAAGAUCAACAUACCCACAUUUGCGACAUCAUAGACAAUCAACAUAUCCACACUUGUGACAUCACAGAAGAUAAAAAUAUCCACACUUGUGACAUCAUAGAAGAUCAACAUAUCCACACUUACCCUAUUGUCUUUAAUAGCUUCGUUCGUUCAUUUUCCCUUUUUUUCUUUGAUUUGGUUUCAAGUUUUCAUUACUUUUUACUUCAAUUAUUUAUUUAUUUUUUCCUUCAAUUUUCCGUCUUUCUUUCUUUCUUUCUUUCUUUUAAUGUUUGUUUUUUAAUUUCUUUUUUCUUUUAUGGCUCUUUUGACUUUUCCCCUUCAAUAAACUUCCCUUUUUUCUUCUUCGGUGCACAUUCUUUCUUUCUUUUUCCUUUCUUUCUUUCUUUCUUUCUUUCUUUCUUUCUUUCUUUCUUUCUUUUUCGUUUAAUCGCUUCUUUAUACACAUUUUCUUUCUUUCUUUCUUUCUUUCUUUCUUUCUUUCUUUUAAUGACGUCAUUCUUUCUCUUAAUUGCUUCUUCUUUAUCCUUUUUCCCUGAUUCUUUCUUUCUUUCUUUCUUUCUUUCUUUCUUUCUUUCUUUCUUUCUUUCUUUCUUUUAUUGA